AUGACCGAAUUUCCUAGAGUACUAACCUCGAUGACCCAGCCUUCGAAAAAAGUUGCUCCAGCGCCUUUAGCCAAACAGCAGAAAGCUGUCAAGACGUCUGUUUACGACGCUACGCCCAGAAACUACGGAAUCGGGCAGAACAUCCAGCCGAAACGGGCCCUGAACCGGUUUGUCAAGUGGCCGCAGUACGUGAGACUGCAGAGACAGAAGAAGGUACUGACGAUGAGACUCAAGGUGCCGCCUGCCAUUGCUCAGUUCUCCAACACCUUGGACCGGAACUCUGCCGUUGAGGUGUUCAAGCUGCUCAACAAGUACAGACCAGAGACCAAGGCCGAGAAGAAGGAGAGACUGGCGAGGAAGGCGGCUGCCCUUGCCGACGGCAGCAGGAACGAGGACGUUUCUUGCAAGCCGUUUGUGGUCAAGUACGGGCUGAACCACGUUGUUUCGCUGAUUGAGCACAGGAAGGCCAAGCUGGUGCUCAUUGCCAACGACGUGGAUCCCGUCGAGCUGGUGGUGUUUCUGCCUGCUCUGUGCAGAAAGAUGGGCAUCCCGUACGCGAUAGUCAAGGGUAAGGCGAGAUUGGGAACCCUUGUCCACCAGAAGACCGCUGCCGCUGUUGCGCUGGUGGACGUCCGGCCCGAGGACGAGGCUACGUUGGCCAAGCUUGUUUCUACAGUGGACGCCAACUUCGCCGAGAAGUACGAGCAGGCCAGAAAGCAGUGGGGCGGCGGCAUCAUGGGCGCCAAAACGAUCGCCAAGCUGGCCAAGAGAAGUAGAGUUCAGGCCCAGUAG